AUCGUAGUCAACUGACGAGACCCAGAAGCUCGAAUCAGCGCUGUCUGUUGCUUUUCCAAACUUGCCAAAGCCUGUUGACUGAGAGGGAACUGCGACUAAGUACCUUAGAGAUAAUACAAAAUCCCCACUACUCAUUCGUAAACCUCGUAGUGUUUUAUUGUUUGAAUUCACAUAAUUUCAGUUUAACUGUGUAAUAACAUGGACGACCAAAUAGCAUUGCGGCCUGUUCUAGGAGACCAUAUAGCCGAAAUCGUGUCCCUGAUCUCAUCGUUUUGCAACUUGGACUCAAUUUGUCUCGUACAUGUAUUUUUCCGGUACAAGAGAGUUUAGUGCACAUUUUUAACUGAAGAAUAUUCGUAUUUUACCAUCGCCAAUUGUCGCACACAUUUUGUUUUGCAGCUCAUAACUUCGUGUGUUUGAAGGUAUGUACAAGGUUUUUACUUCUCCGAGGUACCUCGGAUCUUUGGCAAUUACUGCACUCACUUUUCGCUUGGCAAGUGCGGCGUCAAUCGGUCUAUUGCCAACGUUCUCCGUUUGCGUCACCCAGAAACGACUGAAAUCCAAGGGAAAAUGGAAACUUGGUAAUGCCGCCCCGUCUAAGAGCCAAAUUCCUUCUGAUUUGCUUGAAUUUAUCAAACACGAAGAAAUGUCUAAUCAGUUUGCGGCGAUAUUGACUCGGUUUCAGAUGGCACUUCACCGUCGCUUGGUGCUGAGGCUUACACCUCAAAUUCUAGCUGAACUACCCAUUCCGGAAGCCAACGUGACUCUUGGACAAGUGGCAGAUCUGCUUUUACAACGACAAAACUCCGCAGAGUUCGGUAAUGAGACUCUUUUGAUUGAUCUCGCGAACCGACCAGACUUGGUUGUAUCCGCACGCAAAGCGGUAACCGCGCUUUUGGACUCCACAGAAGGUGUUUCCGGAGGGACGCAAGUGCAAACCGCUGGCUCCUCAGCGUUCACUGUCAAAUUACGUACAGUUAUCACUGGCGAUGCUCGCGAGCGUUUGAUUCAAAAAGGUAAGGAGCUUUCAUUUCACAGCAUUCCUUUUUGAAUAAUAACCUUUGUAUUGACCAAGUUGUUUUAAUAAAGUCAAUACAAACCUUAUGUACCCAAA